AUGGCUGCAACUAGGUCUACAUUUCUAGGCUCCAUCUUCAGAACCGUUAAAGCACGAGUUUUGAUCCCACCCAUCACAAGACUCUCUCUCCCAAACCCUAAUUUCACUUCCUCUCGCUUCCACACUUCUUCUUCUCUGCCUCAGUCUCAAAUCGAAGGUUCCAUUUCGAGUUCUCUUCUGCAAGACCUGAGCAUCAUCCAUGGUGUGAUUGCGAUUGCUUCCACUAGUCAAGGUCGAUUAGCAUCUGUUUCCAUGUGUACACAAUACUCAACUUCAGUCCCAACACGUUCACUUAGAAGGAGAAUCAGCAGUAGAAAGAAAUCGAGUACAAAACCAAUCCUUAAUGAAUCAAAGUUUCAAGAAACGAUAUCAAAGCUUCCACCAAGAUUCACACCUGAAGAACUAGCUGAUGCUAUAACUCUUGAAGAAGACCCGUUUCUGUGUUUCCAUCUCUUUAACUGGGCAUCGCAACAGCCGAGGUUUACGCAUGAGAAUUGCUCUUACCAUAUCGCGAUAAGGAAGCUCGGUGCUGCGAAAUCUGGGAAGUUGAUACGUGCUGUGAAUAUAUUUAGACAUAUGGUGAAUAGUAGGAACUUGGAAUGUAGACCAACGAUGAGAACGUAUCAUAUUCUCUUCAAAGCAUUGUUGGGUAGAGGUAACAACUCUUUCAUAAACCAUCUGUAUAUGGAGACAGUAAGAUCUUUGUUUCGACAAAUGGUGGAUAGUGGUAUUGAACCAGACGUAUUUGCUUUGAACUGUUUGGUUAAAGGUAGGACCAUCAAUACUAGAGAAUUGCUUAGUGAGAUGAAAGGAAAAGGCUUUGUUCCUAAUGGGAAAUCUUAUAACUCUCUGGUUAAUGCUUUUGCGCUUAGUGGUGAGAUUGAUGAUGCGGUGAAAUGUUUGUGGGAGAUGAUUGAGAAUGGUCGUGUGGUUGAUUUUAUUAGCUAUAGAACACUUGUUGAUGAGAGUUGUAGGAAAGGGAAGUAUGAUGAAGCGACGAGAUUGUUGGAGAUGUUGCGAGAGAAACAGCUUGUGGAUAUAGAUUCUGAUGAUAAGCUUAAGAUGUACCAAAUGGUGAUUCUUGUUCUUCUUUUCUCCUCAAUGUUGCCUUCAGUUUGCGAUGAAUCAAGAUACAUGAUAGUACGUAAUGUGCCAGCUUUGGGUUGUGGUGAUGAUCUCAUGAGAUUAUUCAUGACUUAUGGAGAAGUUGAAGAAUGUAAACCUAUGGAUGCAGAAGACUGUGCGGAGUUCACGGAUGUCUACUGGAUCAAGUUUCGUCUCAUCACUAAUGCUAGGAAGUUGGAUGAAUCAAGUUUUUUGGGAAAUCGGCUCCAAAUCUCAUAUGCUCCUGAAUACGAGAGCGUCAGUGACACAAAGGAGAAGUUAGAAACUAGAAGGAAAGAAGUGCUUGCAAGACUGAACCCCCAUAAAGCAAAGAGCACCUCCCAAGUUACAAAAUUGGCUGGACCAGCUUUGACCCAAACCGACAAUUUUUCCCCUCGGCGGAGAGAGAUGGAUUACCAAUUCCAUAGAGGAAAUGCUCCUGUUACUCGAGUUUCAUCAUAUCAGGAGUAUUUUGCGUCAUCUUCAAUGAAUCAGAUGGUUAAAACUGUGAGGGAGAAACUCAAUAAGAUUGAAGAAAGUGGUAACCAAAAGAGGUUACAACCAAGCAGCCAAACACAACCUGACUUCAAGAGAACCCGAGUCGAUAACCGAAGAAGAAUAUAACACACUUUUUUGUUUUGUUUGGUAUUGCUCAGCUAAUUGAAAACCUUGUUUACUACUUGAUCAUAUAAUUUGUGCUCUUGCAAGUUGCAAGAUUGUGAAUAUUGUAAUUUGUGCCUAUCUUGAAAACUUGUUACAGUCCUGAAAUC